AUGUCAAGAAGAAUGGAUAUUUCAUCAUUGCUCUGCGACGACAACAACAACGACGACGACGAUGACAACGACGACCAGCUCGGUCCAAGUUCACCUGUUAUACUAGCACCACAUCUUCGUGGCAAACACGCACAGAGCAUGCAUAUUCAACCACGCGACAUUUCUCCAACUCUUCCCCCAAUGCCACCAAGAACUAUCGAUGCUCUAUUACACCAUCCUACUACUAGACCUAAUUCUUCUUCUUCAGUAAACGCUCUACUCAAUCCUCGUCCAGAACACCGAGUUCGUUCAUCUUCUACAUCUUCUCCUCUAGCUGCACCAUAUCCACCUUCAUACAUGUCUCAUCCACGCACGGGCCUUGACGCACUAGUCCAUGCUGCAUCUGAAGAACGUAGGCGCAUUAGUGCAGGUUCCUCUGCCAGCGAAUCAAGUAGCCCAGUUAACAUUGUCCACCCUCCUUCCCGCGCUUAUCCAUACGCAUACAAAGAUGACUCACCUCGUCCACACAAGAGAAUCCGCGACUCACGCUCUCCAUCACCACACCACCCAACUCUCUCUUCCAUCCGUUCAGCCCCAAGCCCAACUGCUAGCGCUCUCAGCUCUAGUCUCACAGGCCCCGGAAUGCCCCAUCUAGCAUCUCCCCUGAAUAUACCCUUGUCAGGUCCCGGAAUAACGCCCCCGCAUUAUCAGCCUGCACCCGUACAUCGAUCUCCAAUUCUGCCACCCCCCGCCCGACAUUCCCCUGUCGUCCCUACACGAAUGUCCCCUAUCGUAUACGCUGCAAUGCGUUCUGACGUCCCCCGUCUAGCCAGAGCAGUAUGGGAUGAAGAAGAGGUCGAUGAUGUGAGAAGGCGUGACGAUGUCCGUACAGUCCUCAGGCAUGAUGAGCCACGGAUAAGGGAAGAGUAUCGCCAGCAUGAUCCUGUACUAGAUCACCGCGAGGACCGCCACAGGCAAGAACUCGAGAUCCGCCAACGACAAGAACACGACCUCCGCCAGCGUCCGGAAAACGAGAUCCGUCAGCGCCACCCUACAGAACUCGCCAUGCUUAGACAGCGUGAAGAGAUCCUUCGACAACAAGAACUUGAGCGCUGGCAAGGAGAGGAUAUUCUCCGCGCACAAGAAGAAGCUGGUGCAAAGAAAGUAGAAGAGAUGCGCGGCCGACGAGAAUCAUCGCAUCACUCUCCUCGCGAUGAACCCCAGCGCCAGAAACGGGAGAGAUCCUUACAUCUCCAGUCAUCCUCACAUCGUCCCAAACGUGAUUCUUCCAUGCACCGCACCCGUGAUCCCCUCCACCCAGACGACAUGAACCCUCAAUACCUCGAACAGCUGAUGAGACAACGUGACCAGGAAUUGUUGCGCCAGCAAGAGGCGAGGAGACAGGAGAUUGAGCGUGAGUUGCAGCGCCAAGAGCUAGAGCGCUGGCAGGGCGAGGAGAUCCUUCGACAACAAGAAGAGGCUGCUGCUCGACAGGCAGAGUUGCGCCAGGAACAGCGCCGUCGGGAAGAGAUAGUGAAACUCGAGAGGGAGGCGGAGGCAAGGAGACGCGAAGAAGAAGAAACCCGGCUGAAGGCUGAACGCAUUCGUGCAGAAGCCGAGCAGCGCCAGCAGGAAGAACUCAUUCGCAAGCGGCAGGAAGAGGAAAUUGAGAAGCGACGCCGUCAAGAAAAGCUCGAGAAACGGAGAGCGGAAGAAGAACUUGAGCACAGACGACAGGAAGAAGAGGCUGAGCGUCGACGACAAGAAGAGGAGGUUGAACGCCGAAGACAGGAAGAAGAAGCCGAAUGCCGACGUCGGGAGGAAGAUCGACGUCGUGCUGCAGAAGCAGAGCGUCAGCGUGCCGAGACUGAGCUACGCCAACGCGCAGAAGCAGAGCGUGCUGAACUUGAGCACCGUCAACGGGUCGAACGCGAACGGCGCCGCCUCGAAGAAGAGCGGAAACGCCAAGAAGAUAUCGAGCGCAUGCAGCGCGAGGUCAUGCUCUACCAGCAGCGAGAGGAGGCGGUGCUCAAGCAGCGAGAAGAGGCACGCAAACUUCUGGAGGAAGAUCGCGCGCGCAAACUGCGUGAACAGGCUGAGAGGAAAGAGCGGGAGGACCUCGAGCGCAAACGUCUCGAGGAGCUCGAACGGCAGGCGCAGCGAGAGGAAACUGAACGCAGGCAGAAAGAGGAGACCGAGCGCCAGCGUGCAGAGCUCGAACGCAAACAAUUGGAGGAAGCUGAACGCCACCAGCGAGAAGCAGCCGAGCGAUUGCGGCUGGACGAAGAGGCUGAACGUAAGCAACGGGAGGACCUCGAACGCAAGCACCGGGAGGAGCUUGAACUCCAACAACUCGCAGAGGAGCAGCGCCAACGGGAAGAGCAGCUACAACGAGAGGAACAGCGUCAACGGGAAGAACUCCAGUGGAAACAACGCGAGGAAGCCCUACGACGACAACAAGAAGAGCUUGCGCUUCAACAACAGCAAGAACUCGAACGGCGACAGCAGCUUGAGCAGAUGCAACUGGACGAGCUCCAACAAGAUGAGGACGUGGACAUGGUUCCAGACAAUGCUGAAGGCGAGGUCCACAAUGACGAGCAUCCCCACGAUUCGCGGCAAUCACCAUCUCAUGACGUCCCAACCCUACCUGCCUCUACAUCCGGUUCCCCGGCUAUCGAACGAUCUCCCCCGGCAAGCGAUGACAGCGCGGAGCGCAACUUGCCUCCAAUGUAUCGUGGCAAGGCAAAGGUACAUUCUCCAUCGCUCCCGCCUCCCUCACCAAGUAAGGUAGAGGAGCAGGAGAUGCGCGUGCCUUCUCCCGUCCACGCCACUGCCCCCACUCCCGUGGAAGGUUCUGUAUCUCCACCAUCCCCUAUACAUCCAUCUUCCACUCGCGUGUCUCCUGCUCGACCAUCCCCCGCUUCCCAGUCUCCCCCACACAAGCCCGACCCCUCUUCUAUGGAUGUAGACGAGGAGCUCUUGAGUCUCAUUGAAGAUCGCCCAUCAUCACAUCACAAAGCCUCACGUCCAAAACCCAAACCGUCGCCUUCUCCGUCACGCCCGUCACCUCCAGAUGACGAGGUCAUGCCUCCUCCCGCUGUCCCUGCAAAAAAGAAGGAGCCAGCAAAGGCCGGGAAGAAGAAAGGCGUGACAGCUCCCAAGCCCGCCCCGAAACCGAAACCACCACCGAAACCACGUACAAAACCUCCUCCAAAGACAAAAGCCAAGGAUCCAACACCGAAAGAUGUUCUCAAAAACAGUCUCUUUGCGAAGCAUGCUGCCGCCUCACGGUCACGCUCUGCGUCUGUGAUGCCUGUGGACGCAAAGGAAGAACCUGAAGACGAGGACAGUGACAGGGAGGACGAUAAGCUGUACUGCGUGUGCAAAACACGAUACGACGAAGAUCGAGUCAUGAUCGCAUGCGAUCGAUGUGACGAGUGGUAUCAUACGCAGUGCGUCAGCAUGCCCGAUCUAGAGGUUGAUCUUGUGGAUCAAUUUAUCUGUCCGCCAUGCAUGCAAAGUAAUGCUCACUUGCACCUUCAGACGACGUAUAAGCGCCGCUGCUUUUUCGGGUUGAAGCAUACAGACCCAUUGUCGCCGAAUGCAUGCCACAAACCCUUCUCGAGGCGCUUUCUCCAAAUACUGCUCCGACGAAUGUGGCAUCAAUGGGAGCGCAGCGGUGGCAAACGUGACCUGCUUUGGGAAAGCGUCAAGAACGCGGAAAAGCGCGAGGGCGUCGUCGUGUGCGCGGACGUGACGAUGGAGAUCGACAGAAAGCCCUCCCCUGCGCCUGUAUCCACACAGAAGCGCAAGGCGAACCGUGAAAUUGCAUGCCUGAAUACGCGCCUCGAGAAUGUGGUGAGGGAGCGCGAGACGAUGAAGCAUGAGAUGGAUAUGGUAUUGUGGAGGGAGAAGCUUGUGAAACUUGCGUCUGAGCGUGCGGACAGGGAGGAUGAGUGCGGGUGGGAUCAAAGGCUUUGUUUCGGUGAGGAGGAGUGGGAUGAUUUUGGUGCGGAGGUUUUGGAGAGCUAUGAGGAGAAGGCGAAGGAGGAAGCGACGGACGAUGCCAUGCAGGUGGAUGGUGUUACGACGAGUCAUGGAGAGUGGUGGUGUACAGGGAAGAAAAAGUGUGAGCGGCAUUCAGGGUGGCAAAAAUUACGCGCUGCCGAGGUUGCUUUCGAUAAAGAAACGAAGGAAACAAUCCUCUCGACCCUCACCACUCGUGAACGCGAAAUAAGGAAAGGAAUCGAAGAUAUAUUAUAUCCACCGUCAACGAAUGCCUCUCAGGCGCCGCCCAAGCCCUCGCUUGCAGAUUCGCCACUUAAUGGCUCUAGCAAGCCUCGGAUUAACGGGGAGGCUGCGGAAAAGGGGAAAAAGAAGAAAUCGUAA